AUGUCGACCUACGGUUCUCUUUUCCGCGUAACCACCUACGGCGAGAGCCAUUGCGCUUCUGUCGGCGCCGUCGUCGACGGAUGUCCGCCCGGCUUGCAACUAUCUGCUGCAGACAUCCAAGUUCAGCUCAGUCGACGGAGACCAGGACAGAGCAAUCUCACAACUCCUCGCGAUGAGAAAGAUCUCAUCCAUCUCCAAUCAGGAUUGGAACACGGAGUGACUCUGGGCACUCCCAUCGCUUUUCUUGUUAAGAAUGAAGAUCAGAGACCCCACGACUAUUCGGAAACAGACCUCUACCCUCGUCCGAGUCACGCAGAUUACACCUAUUUAGAAAAAUAUGGUAUCAAGGCAAGCAGUGGAGGAGGCAGGAGUAGUGCUCGGGAAACAGUCGCUCGGGUAGCGGCUGGCGCUAUCGCGGAGAAAUACCUCAAACUCGCAUAUGGCAUUGAAAUCGUCGCCUUUGUGUCGUCUGUUGGAAAAAUACAUUUACCAGCAGCCUUGGCUCCCCCAUCUCUAACCCCAUCUUCAAACGAUGAUGAUGAGGACGAUGCUUUGUCAGACGACUUCCGCCAGUUGCUUGCCACCAUCUCGAGGGAGCAAGUCGAUAGUCACCCGACUCGCUGUCCUCAUCAUGAAACGGCGGAGCGCAUGACACAGCGUAUCAUCCGAGCGAAGAAUGCUCAGGACUCAAUUGGAGGUACUGUAACGUGCGUUAUUCGGGGGAUUCCUUCCGGCCUUGGUGAACCAGUAUUUGAUAAGUUCGAGGCUUCACUUGGGCACGCCAUGCUUUCCAUUCCUGCCACCAAAGCUUUCGAGAUUGGAUCCGGUUUUCGUGGAACCGAAGUUCCCGGGAGCAAACAUAAUGAUCCUUUCAUUCGCCGAAGUGAUGGAAGUCUUGGGACGGCAACGAACUGGAGUGGAGGAGUUCAAGGAGGGAUUACUAAUGGAGAGGAUAUUUACUUCCGGAUUGGAUUCAAGUCCCCAGCAACCAUUUCACAGUCACAGGAAACGGCUCAGUAUGAUGGAACACCAGGAUCCUUGGCUGCUCGAGGUCGACAUGAUCCAUGUGUGGUACCCAGAGCAGUUCCGAUUGUUGAGGCUAUGGCUGCGAUUGUAGUGAUGGAUCAACUCCUUAUACAGAACUCAAGGAAGACGGCUGCAAGCCUACUGCCCCCCAUUACGACACUGCCUGCUACGAUGGUCAUGCCUCGAAAAGUAGCGGAGGGUAGCCCAGGCAAUUAAACAAAAUGCAUCUGGCCGGGACAACCAAAUGCUUCAGAACAUGGGGUAAAUGGAAGACUAGCUCCUCUGUACAAUGUAAGAAAGUUAUUCCACUAAACAAUCAGACUCUUCGGUGCUC